AUGUCAGAUAUCGUUAAAAUUUUGGACUUACAAAAGGUAGAAAACCACAUUCAAGUUGUUAAUCCAAAUCAGUGUUUGAAUUAUGUCGGAAAACAGUGUGUGUCUUCUGAACAAGUUGUCUUUACCGUACGUAUCCCAUAUAUUACAUUACGGUAUUGGUAUACUUGCAAAGCCAAAGAUGGUUUACUGAACCAAAUCAACUGCAGCUGGAUCGAAAUACUCAACUACUAUCUGAACCAGAUAAGUGGAUAUAAAAUAAGAGAAAACUGCGAGAGAAUUGAAGGUCGUUUAAGGCGGUUGUGUUGCCAAGUUGCAGCCAAAUAUGUAGGGGCAAAUGGCACAACGUUCAGGAAGCUUAACCUUAAUGUAGUCAAUAUUUCG